UGCUUCGACUCUGAGCGAUUAGGCCUUGGUAGUAUACUGUGUGUCUGCGGCGGCAGUUUUCCUCUUUGGGUUUAUUGUGUAGAAGAUAUGGCUGGUUGGGCAGGAUUUUCUGACGAAGAGGUGACGCGAAUAAAGCAGUUGAAAGAUCCUUUGAUUGUUGAAAAGCCAGAAAAAUUUGGAGGAGCACCAUCAAAAAACAAAAGUCGUCAGCAACUCCAGAGGGAAAGAGCAUUGAACCAGCAUUGUCGCAAAGCAAAUGGGCACAAGGAAGUUUCUCUUAUCCUUCCAGAACAACAACUGGCCAAAGCAAAGAUGAACCCUCCACAAGCCAUGGAGUCCCCUGCACCUGAGCUGGGACCGAAGCCAAUUGUAAAAGCAGCUGAUAGACAAUUGACUGCACCUGAAGAAAGCUGUCAAAAAGAAAUGAAAGAAUCUAGUGCCAAAGCAUCAUGUACAUUGCAGGAACCCUCUGUUAAAGAGCUAUCAGCAGAACAGAUCAAAGGGGUGGAAUUGCGCGAGAGAUCACGGCUAGAACAGCUGCAGCUAGAGCAGCGAUUAAUGGAAGAGAAGAAUAAACGCAAGAAGGCACUUUUGUCGAAAGCCAUUGCAGAAAGGUCGAAGCAAACCAUGGCAGAAACUAUGAAACUAAAGCAUAUCCAAAAAGAGCUUCAGAGUUUGGAUAACUUGUUAUCGAAUGGUGUUAAUGUCCUCCGGAAUCGGAUUGAACAGUCCAGUUUGGAAUAUUAUCAGGCUAAGAAGAGGUAUGAUAAAGCAGAAGUGGAAUAUGUUGCAGCUAAACUAGAUCUACACAAGAAGAUUGAACUGAAGGAGCAGCUGACUGAACAUUUGUGUGCCAUAAUCCAGCAGAAUGAAUUACGCAAAGCUAAGAAGCUGGAGGAGCUGAUGCGGCAGCUAGAAAUGGAGGCAGAUGAGGAGCAACUAGAGUUAGAGAUUGAAGUGGAAAACAUUUUGCAAAAGGAAGAACUACCCAAGGCAUCUGAUCAGACCAAUACAGGAAGUGAAGAAGCAGCACACCAGACAAUUCAAGAGGAGGGCAGCCAGAGUCAUACAUUUAAAAAGCAGAUUGAAAAUGAAGUGGAGAGCACUGCUACUUGCAACACAGGCAGGGGUAAUUUAAAGGACGCAUUUCAAAUUCAAGAAACUGAGAAAUUGAAUCCUCAAGCUCCAGAGAAAAUCCAAACAGUUGCUAGAACUUGAAUAUGUGUUAAGGUGUUCCAUAAGUAAAUAUAGGUAAAAUUAUUGCCAACUUCCAUAAUAUUGUCAAUGUGCAGAAACUGAACUCAACUUAUUUAUUUUUAAGUAUGGCUAAAUGUUCCUUUUGAUUGUAAUUUCCUAUAUUUUACCACCAGUUCAAUCUUUAGAACAAAAUUUGAAUUUUGGAUGAAAAAUAAAUCAUAUUCAAUAUAUGGGCUAGAAAGGUGACCUGAAACAUGAGACACUACAAGUUUUCUUCACUUGAUUAAUUACUUGAUCCCACAUUUUGGUAAACUAUAAUAUGUGCAAUAUUGUUCUUCCAAACACUGUUUAUCAAAUGUAACCAGACAAAUUUUUGAGACUGGCUUGAGGACCUCUCAAUUUUAUAAAAGUUUCUUUUAAAGAAAGCAUGAAUAUACUAUUGUCAUUUAUCUCUUGAAGUAUAUUGUCAUCUGUCAUCAAUUUAUAACAAUACUUCCAUUUUUCUUUAAAUACUUUCACAUAAUGGCUUAUAGAAUUUAUCAAAGAUCGCAACACCUUAUGUAAUUCUUGAUGAAUUGAUUACUGACCUUCCAUCCUUUUUUAAAAUGUAAUUAUUCAUUUGCUUAAAAGCUUUAUUACAGUAGUAGAUUACUGCAGAAUUUACAUGAAUACACUAAGACUUUAUUUUUACUGUAAAUAUAUUUUUAUAUAAUGUUCAAUUACGCACCUUAACCAAAUCAGAAAGGAGAACAAUGAACUGGGUAUUUGGAAGCAAGUUAUUUUAUUGAUCUUAAAAAUAUCAAUUCAGUCAAUUAGAUUCUACUAAAAUGAACAAAAUCUUGUCUGUGAUGUUUAUUUAAAGCCUUUGCAUUUGGUAACUCGACAAUUUUUGAUUUUGCAUUAUCAUCAAUCAUCUUCCUCUAAUACAUGUUAUUCAUAUCACCAUUUGUUGUGACAGGUUGCUGUAUACUAAUUUGUGUAUUUAUUCCUAAACCUGCUUAAUUGGUUUGUUCCUGGGAUUUAAAUGGAAGACAAAGAUGGUUGAAGAAUAUGUAUAUGAUAUGUUGCAUUUGUACUUGUUCUGAGCUUGCUCACUUAGAACUUGUUUUACUCUAUUGGUGCAUUGAUUCAGAAUUGACCUGUAAUUACAGAUUAGUGGUUCUGCAAUCCUUGUAGCUAAAAAUGAAAGUUUCUUUUUGAU